UUUGUAUAGAAGCCGCAAAAUACACAUUCAAAUCAUGUUUAUUUUCAUCAACCAAUAAAUAAUUUGUAAGUGAUUUUUUAUUGUCUUUUAGUCCAAUCAAAGCUUGUUAUUUAUUUUAAAUCCAUUACGUCAUUCUUCGUUUACACGCGGUUAUUUCGAACAGUGUUGUGCAUAUGCUGAUGAGUCACUGGUAGACCUUCUACUACAACUUUGUUAUAAACAACAAAGAUGUCGCUGGAAUUCACGAAGGAUCAGCCUUUGCUUGCUUCUAAGAUCAAAUGGACAUCACAACCAUCGCUAGAACCAAACAAGCAGAUCAAAGCAACCAUGUCAAAUAGCAGCCAAAACCAAAGAUCACCAUCUCCACUGGUUGACAAGCCGGUUUUUAAUCACAGACGUCGUAGUCCAUCCCCAAAGUCAAUGGUUUCUGGACGAUCGAAUUCUGAGAACGUGCUGGACAAUGAUCUAUCUGCAAAAAUGAAGAAAAUCGUCCAGAAAGCAAUGAGAGCCAGGCUAUAUCUUCUACACCAAGGCGGUCCGCUGACAUUCCUUAUUGGUGGUGAUUCACCUGAGCACAAGUAUCGUGUUACGAUUGGGAAACAGUCCUGCAGCUGUGGUAAAGGCCCCCAUUGCAUUCACGUGUUAUUUGUCAUGCUUCGUGUGUUUCAACUGAAAGAAACCGAUCCUUUGCUGUGGGCAAAAGAGCUGAAAAAUUACGAGGUGGAAAGUCUCUUCCGAACGUACCACAAACGGCUUGCCAAUCUUGCAAAAGGAAAGAGGCAGCCUAUAACUGAUGGAAGCAAGAAGUCGUCACAACAAACCGAAGUGGCAUCGACAUCACAGAGCUCCACCAGUGGCUCGAAUUCGCUGCCAAAAGAAAAAGAUGAUGACGAAACGUGUCCGAUUUGUUUGCUCGAGAUGGUCGAAGGCGAAAGUAUGACUAUAUGUACAGAAGGCUGUUUAAACAAGCUGCACCAUCACUGCAUGUCUAUCUGGGCACAAGAAUGCAAGAGACGUCAUGAACCAAUGCUCUGCCCUCUCUGUCGAACAGAAUGGAAAUCAGCAAGGAAGCGAGCAGCAAUGCCUGUGAAAACGAGCUUGAAUUCUCCAAGGAUGGCAACAGUGCUGGGUGGAAGUCAACAACGAGAAUCAGUGUCACCAACUUUAAACAUUGUUCAAGAAGAUGUCGGCCUACCUAAGGGAGAAGUUAUUCCUGAUGAUUCGAGAGAGUUGACACAGUCAUGGGUGCAGAUAUUCGGGAAUGACAUGGUUGCCUGUUUGCUCUCGAGAGAUUGGAAAAACAGAGAGACAGGAUUAAAGUACAUGAGUCGCAAAGUGACAAAAGUUUUGAAUGAGAGACGAACGACGACAUCUUACCAAGAAACAAGAUGGAGUGUUCUAGAUGUUUGCUGCUCCGUUCUGAAGCACAUGUCAAGUGAUCCUGUGUACAAUGUUUAUGUUGGAGCUCUGCGUACCUUUCGAGCAAUGCUAAGCUGUGUCAACGUGCGCCGUCAUGACGACGUGGCGACGUUUUACGAGAUGGUUCAACCAGUCAUCGAGAAGAUUAUUUUGAAAUGCGCUGACAGUAAUAGGCGAGUGACGGUAGUAUCAUUGAAGAUUCUUCAAGAGUUUGUAAAAUGGGACAGUCAGCCAAGAGAUAACCAAGCAGCAUGCAAGGUGCAGUCCUCGGGUUUCGAUUUCAUAGUCGAGCUGCUAGAGAAAUACGAAAACCGUGGAGACUCUUCGUGGCAAUGGCGCCUCGGGUUUCUUGUGUUCUUGAAAAGAGUUUUUGAUGAAAAUCUAGAAUUUGUUAUAGGCAUUCCAGAAGAGGAUCUUGACGAACUAUCUAUUCAGCCAGUGUCAUUAGAUUCGGAUUUUGACAUGAGCAACUUUCUUGAAACCUUGGAGCAAAAUAUAGAUCAUGUUUCUGGAGAAAAGCUUUUUGAUGAGGAAUCUCUUUCGAAACUUAGAGCGAUUCUCCGAUUUUGCGCCACCUCUUCAAAUUGUAAACACAAAAAUGUUUGGAAGAUGGCGCUUAGUCUGCUUAUACGAACGACUCAAAUUGUUGCAAAGGAUAGAGAGACGUUUAAUAGCUUGAAAGUCUUGUUGAAGAGUUUAAAACCAAAUAUACAACAUAUUCUCCAAAGACAAUUAUCUAGCGAUAGAUUAAGAACUCCGACCAGCAUGAGCCCUCCUGCUGAAGAUUACGCACCAGAUGAUAUGAUCAUAAACGAGGCGAUUGAUCUCGGAGCAGCUGGAACAUCAACUCCUGUUCGAUCAGGAAGCCCAUUAAAAUGUGACAGGCGCUCUGGCACAGGAUUUUUAACACCACCACCAACCCCUCCAAAGUCUGAAAGUGCCACUGCUUCGCCUCUUGAUAAUACAGAUUCACCAAGGUCUAGACUGAGUCAGUUACGAGAAAUGUAUGUUCCAAAGUGCGAGGAGCUAGUGGCACAAGAAGAAGCUGAAGCACUUGCUAUGGCUAUUAACAUGUCACUUACCAAAAUGCAGUCGGUCGUUCCUGAUCAACUGUCCCAAGGGAAGGAUGAUGACAUCAUAAUAAGGGUGCAACCGGAAAGUGAAAAAGACGAGCAUGAUGGCAAGCAUGUCUACCUUGAGAAUAGUCAAUGGAGGAAAGGGGGUCUUCUUGGAACUGGCGCAUACUCUUCCUGUUUUGAGGUCUCUGAUAUCAAAACUGGAAGGCUAAUGGCUGUAAAACAGGUAUCAUUCUAUAGAAACAGUUUGACAGAGCAAGAAAAGGUGAAAAAGGCUGUUCUUGAUGAGAUCAAUCUAAUGUAUCGUUUACAUCAUCCACAUAUUGUAAAUUGUUUGGGUGCAACUCAACAUUUGGGUCAUUUCAAUAUUUUCAUGGAAAUAAUGCCAGGUGGAUCGUUAUCAAGGCUGUUAUCCCGUUUUGGCGCUUUCCAGAAUACUGUUAUCUUAAAAUAUACUAGGCAAAUAUUAAUGGCAUUGGCUUAUCUUCAUGACUACGGAUGUCUUCAUAGAGAUAUUAAAGGCGCAAAUAUUUUAGCAGAUAGCACUGGUCAAGUUGUCAAACUUAGCGAUUUUGGAACGUCUUCUAAGCUACUUGCACAAGGAACAGGCUCACAUGAGUUUUGUGGCCAGCUUUUAGGGACAAUAGCAUUCAUGGCUCCAGAGGUUAUAAGAGGGGAGUCAUAUGGUCGAAAAUGUGAUAUAUGGAGUCUUGGUUGUGUUAUUAUCGAGAUGGCCACGUGUCACCCACCUUGGAAUGCAGAAGCUGUGUCAAACCAUUUAGCUUUAAUGUACAAGAUUGCUAGUGCAACAAACCCACCACCGAUACCAGAUCAAUUAGAGCCAGGUAUGCGGGAUGUAGCAUUGCGUUGCCUUGAGCCAAAAGAAGCUGAUAGACCAGCCGCUCUCGAUCUUUUGAAGCAUGCCGUUUUCAGAGUUUAAAAACGGAAGAACCGUGAACUUGCUCUGAAAGUUGAAGAACACAAGGACACGGGGAAUAAAAAGCAUCAGGUCUCUGAAGAGCCUGCUAAAUUGAAGAUGGGUUUUGUGGCUGCUACGUCCAAAAGAUGUGCCUGAGAGAAAGAGGUUUCUGGUUUAAUUUCACCAACACUUAUUAUUCUUAUUAUUUUUAUUAUUGCUUAAUGAAACUUUUUAUCUUUUUUUGUAAAUAAGAGUUUUGAAUGUCUCAAUGUUAUCAUAAUUGAUAAAGGAAGAAUCAUAUGAAAAUAUAAAUUGUGAAAAUGCUUUCAAUGAAAUUUUUGUUUUGGCUACAUCAAGUGCUUUUUGGCAAAGUUUGAAACAAAGUCUUUGCACUUAGAAUCAAAUAAAGUUAAUAUGAAUAGGAUAUUUUAUAGCUUUAUGCUAAAUAACAAAUGUCAACUUUUUUAAUUGAGCUAGUAAAUAUAGCUCAAGGACUGAAAUUAGGAUUCACCACUGCCAAUAAGGAAGUGGAAAUUUGAUCUCACAAAGUUUAACAGGUAAUUAUUGUAUAGAUAGAAAAUACCCUGUUUUGAUAAGUAAAAAGGACAGAAAUAGAAAUGUAUGCACAAAAUAAGCAUGAUAUUUUGCACAAUGCUGCUGCCAGGUAGAUUGUGGGGUAGUUUCCAAAAGAAUUUGACAGCAAGUUCCAUAAUUUAGGACUGAGUUUGUAGAAACCACAUGUAGAAAGCUUUCAACUUCUUGAGAACAAGUUGAAAACAUAUUAUGCUCUGUUCACGGUUUGAUGGUACAAAUAGGAAGAGGCACAUGUCAUAGAACAAGAGCACUUUUUGAAGAGGUUAUCCUUAGUUAAAGAGAUGUGUGACCCUGGUGCACCCCUGGUUCCAAUGCCCCAAUCAAUAUACUUUUUAAGAAUACCUGUUUUCAGUCAUAAUGACACCUUUGGCGAUAGCAAUCACAGCUUUUGUGUUCAGCAUAUUUGAGUCUUUUUCUGCUAUUGCUUGCAAGUAUUUGAUGAUUGUCUCUUUUAUUUGUGGAUCAUCUCUGUCUGGACGAGCCCUUUUCUUUCGUUUCUUUCUUGGUAAGUUGUUUAUCUCAUUAGCUAUACUUGUUAUUGGGAUUAUCUUAUCUGUCAAUGUUUCAGAAUCCUCAUUAAACUUGACUGUUGUUACUAAAUUUAAUUUAUCCAUGUAGCUUCUAUUCACUUCUGAGAUUUUAUCUAAACCUCCAUUAUCCUGAAGCUCGCCAGCUGUGCGCUUUUCUAAUUCUUCCUUGAACAUGUUUUUGAAGCCCCUAACCGUUGACUCAGAAAGACCUGGGUAAUCUUCCUUUAAGACUUUCAAUGCAUUCAUAUUCCCAUUUUCAAACGCGAAUUUCCCGAUAGUUGCUCGUUCCUGUGCAGUAUAUGUCCGGUACUUUCCUCUUUGUUUUCUCUCGCGUUUUUCUACAGUCUUUUUAUUUUUGGCCAUCUCUUUUAAAUAGAAAGUCUUGAAACUCCUGACAGUCGAUUCUGCCAGCUUCAGCCCUGGGUUUUGUGUUUGUAAUUGCCGCAUUGCCCUGGUGCUUCCAACAGCUACAGCUAGCUGGCCUAUGUUGCUUUUUUCUUGCGGUGUAAACUUGUGGUAGUUUCCUCGUCGCCUUUGCCUGCUGUUAUGCCCAUUAUUCCCUGCAAGAUCUCUAGUCAUUUUUUGACAACCAUUUUCAUCUCCAUUUGAUUGCUGUUCGGUUACAUACUUGCUAGUAUCCUUUUGUUUCGCUCCAUGGGUGCAGCUUUCCUGCUCCUCAUUCUCUUGGCCAGUUUUAGCUUUAAGUCUCACAUCCACUUCCUCAACUUUGACGACCUCCAUAGAUUCUUCGCGCUAUUCCGCUCCUCCUCCAUCCGCCAUUAAAAUUUGCGUCGUUUCGCGAUAUUAUUGCGCAUUGUUUUUACGCCUCCACCGCCUCCGCAGUCCAUAUUUCUUGGAAAUGCUGUUCUCGUGGGCACGAAAAACGCUAGACUUUUCAUAUGGGUAAGCAAAAGCUGGACGCUGGACUGAAAAACAUAAUUUUGAAAAGUAAUACCUGUCCGUGGAUAAGAUUCUGAAAAAAUGAGACCUGUCCUUGAAUAAGAUCCAGGAAAAAAAUGGUUUCACUGAUUUGUGUGUUUGUUGUUGUUUAUUAUCGUCGCGUUGCGGUGUUCCUUAUACACUACUAUUUUAUCGUUUUUCGCCGCAAGAUUUCCUCCGGAGUCCGUCGAGCAGCCUGCUAUCGUGGCCUCUCCUAUUUUCGCACACUAACAAAUGGUUUGCCUAAAAAUAAUUUCAGUGAUAAUACCUUUUGUGUAUUUGAAGGAAAGUUAAUUUCUUUUAUUCCCUGACAAAUCUGACAUGACCUGAAAAAAGCAUCUUCAAUAUGCGUGCAGUUCCUGUGCUGGAAAAGAGAGACAAAAAGUAUAACCAUUUCCCAGGUUUUUCAGACAUAUUCCAGCAGUCAUUGUAUUGAGAACCCCCUGCCCCCCUUAGUCAGAGACAUAUCACUGCAUACAUGGGGCAUUGUUACACCAUACAUGGGGUUUGGGGUCCUAAACUGAGGUGUCAAGAGGCAGUGUUGGAUAACACCCAAUUCAAGCAAAUCUGGCACCGCACAGCCAUUAGUCUAGCAGGGGCUAUAGCCCCCCUUUUGGCUAUAAUAGGCUAGAAAACUUGUAAAGGUUUACAUUAAUGCAACUUUGAAAGGAUCCUACGUAGUAGCAAUUCAUCUUGACUGGGAACCCUUUUUUGCUCAUUUUCAUCUUGAUUGGUGUCUUAUCUUGUUAAAUCGAUUUUUAUAGCUAUUGACAUCCUCUCUGAAUCAGACUGCUUUUAAAAGGUAAGUGGAAAGAAAUAGAAAAGUUUUCUAAAAGGGACCUUUUCCACCAUUCUUAAGGGUGUGGCCUCAAAAAAUUUCAGGCCAUGUCCUCUUAAUCCCACCCACUUUUAGAAAGGUGCAUGAUGCAAAUGCUUACAAAUCUACAGUUUUGUCCAACACAAUUUCCCCCUUAUAAUAAGGACAAAUUUCGAAAAUUUGUGCUAUUGUACUUCUAUUUCAAACCCAUUAUCUUCAUGCAAAUUCCUUUUUGUCUACAGGUUCAUGAAUUUUUUAAACAAUAAGUCAGUCUAGGCUGGAUUAUGUUGAAGAUACAGUCAACUCAGCUUACAAUCACUUGCAGUCAAUUUAACAAAAUACAAAAAGAUGGACCCAGUUGUACAAAAAACUGUAAAAUUUAGCUCUGCUUACAGUCACACACUGCUUACAGUCACAAGUUUUCAAGCAACAUUUGUUGUACUAUCAAUAAAUUCAAGUGUACCUUUACAGUAUCAAGGGAAAUACCUUCUCAAGUUUUCAACAACAAAGAUACUCCUUAGCCACGAUUAGUUACUCAUCUGAAUUGAUAUAGGAGCAGUAAAGUUUACAGCUAAUAUUUUCCAGUGUUAAGUUUGAGCAAAAGUCUAGGCUCAUGCUGUUCUAAGCUUAACACUGUACGGUGACUGAGCAUAUUUAUUAGACAGCUAUAGUCAAAUAAAAAUGACUGAAAUUUAAGUGCUUUAAGAGCCUUUUGGGGUUCAACCUGCCAGGACAGCACUGAUGCAACCAAACAUAUUGGAGAGAAGCAAACAAAUUAAAGACAAAUCUGUGUAAUUCCUCAGAUCUUAUUCAGAUUGGGCUUUUAUUUUACAGAAUUUAUGUAGAUUUUUGAGUGGCUGCCUGUCCUUUCCUCUUCUGAGACUUGGCUUCUGU